AUGGUCCCUGGGUUUCUGCCCAUAUCCAAGUUCCAUAAACGCCGGCCUCCCAUUUUGGUAGCCGUGCGCUGCUUCCGGCAAUGUCCCUGGCACUGUGAGCUUCCUCUGGUAGUGCCCUCGGAGCCUGAACUUCCCUUCCAGCAGGGCCCUGAGUAUUGUGGCGAGUGGGGGCCGCGGCAGCUGCGUCCCCAUGAGGAGGGGAGGAAGAUGCCGGCUGAGCUGCUGCUGCUGUUGACUGUGGCCUUCGUCAGCCCCAGCUGCCAGGUGCUCUCAUCACUGCGCAUGGCUGCAAUCCUGGAUGACCAGACUGUGUGUGGCCGCGGUGAGCGUCUGGCCCUGGCCCUGGCCCGGGAGCAGAUCAACGGGAUCAUCGAGGUCCCAGCCAAGGCCCGAGUGGAAGUAGACAUCUUUGAGCUGCAGCGGGACAGCCAGUACGAGACCACGGAUACCAUGUGUCAGAUUCUGCCCAAGGGAGUCGUGUCUGUCCUGGGGCCCUCGUCCAGCCCUGCAUCUGCCUCCACCGUGAGCCAUAUCUGCGGGGAGAAGGAGAUCCCCCACAUCAAGGUGGGCCCUGAGGAGACACCCCGCCUUCAGUACCUUCGCUUCGCUUCUGUCAGCCUGUACCCCAGCAACGAGGACGUCAGCCUGGCCGUCUCCCGAAUUCUCAAGUCUUUCAACUACCCCUCGGCCAGCCUCAUCUGCGCCAAGGCUGAGUGCCUGCUGCGAUUGGAGGAAUUGGUGCGCGGCUUCCUCAUCUCCAAGGAGACACUGUCGGUGAGGAUGCUGGACGACAGCCGGGACCCUACCCCACUGCUCAAGGAGAUCCGCGACGACAAGGUGUCCACCAUCAUCAUCGAUGCCAACGCAUCCAUCUCCCACCUCAUCCUCCGCAAGGCCUCAGAGCUGGGAAUGACCUCAGCGUUUUACAAGUACAUCCUCACCACCAUGGACUUCCCCAUCUUGCAUCUGGACGGUAUCGUGGAGGACUCCUCCAACAUCCUGGGCUUCUCCAUGUUCAACACGUCCCACCCCUUCUACCCUGAGUUUGUGCGCAGCCUCAACAUGUCCUGGAGGGAGAACUGUGAAGCCAGCACCUACCCGGGCCCUGCGCUGUCGGCUGCCCUGAUGUUCGACGCUGUGCAUGUGGUAGUGAGCGCCGUCCGAGAGCUGAACCGCAGCCAGGAGAUUGGUGUCAAGCCACUGGCCUGUACGUCAGCCAACAUUUGGCCCCACGGGACCAGCCUCAUGAACUAUCUGCGCAUGGUAGAGUAUGACGGGCUGACCGGGCGGGUCGAGUUCAACAGCAAAGGGCAGAGGACCAACUACACCCUGCGCAUCCUGGAGAAGUCACGACAGGGCCACCGUGAGAUCGGGGUGUGGUACUCUAACCGGACCCUAGCCAUGAACGCCACCACCCUGGAUAUCAACCUGUCACAGACGUUGGCCAACAAGACGCUGGUGGUCACGACCAUCCUGGAGAACCCGUACGUCAUGCGCCGGCCCAACUUCCAGGCCCUGUCGGGGAACGAGCGCUUCGAGGGCUUCUGCGUGGACAUGCUGCGGGAGCUGGCGGAGCUACUGCGCUUCCGCUACCGCCUGCGGCUGGUGGAGGACGGGCUGUAUGGGGCGCCUGAGCCCAACGGCUCCUGGACGGGCAUGGUUGGCGAGCUCAUCAACCGGAAGAGAGGGCUGGCACUGGCUCCCUGUUCAUUAACAGCCCUUCUUUCUCCCAUGAUUGUUCUCUCCAAGGAGUUCAUGGUAGUCGGGUACCGUCUGAUAUUUAGACAGCCCUCUGGCCGUAAGCCUGGUUACUUCUCCUUCCUGGACCCCUUCUCCCCCGCCGUGUGGCUCUUCAUGCUUCUUGCCUACCUGGCUGUCAGCUGUGUCCUGUUCCUGGCUGCCAGGCUGAGCCCCUAUGAGUGGUAUAACCCACACCCGUGUCUGCGGGCGCGCCCCCACAUCCUGGAGAACCAGUACACACUGGGCAACAGCCUCUGGUUCCCUGUGGGGGGCUUCAUGCAGCAGGGCUCGGAGAUCAUGCCCCGGGCGCUGUCCACGCGCUGCGUCAGCGGAGUCUGGUGGGCCUUCACCUUGAUCAUCAUCUCCUCCUACACGGCCAACCUGGCCGCCUUCCUCACCGUGCAGCGCAUGGAGGUGCCUGUGGAGUCAGCUGACGACCUGGCAGAUCAGACCAACAUUGAAUACGGCACCAUCCACGCUGGCUCCACCAUGACCUUCUUCCAGAAUUCACGGUACCAGACGUACCAGCGAAUGUGGAACUACAUGCAAUCAAAACAGCCCAGUGUGUUUGUCAAGAGCACAGAAGAGGGCAUCGCCCGUGUCCUCAACUCCCGCUACGCCUUCCUGCUGGAGUCCACCAUGAAUGAGUACCACCGGCGCCUCAACUGCAACCUCACCCAGAUCGGGGGCCUCCUCGACACCAAGGGCUACGGCAUCGGCAUGCCGCUGGGCUCCCCAUUCCGGGAUGAGAUCACGUUGGCCAUCUUGCAGCUGCAGGAGAACAACCGGCUGGAGAUCCUGAAGCGCAAGUGGUGGGAGGGGGGCCGAUGCCCCAAGGAAGAAGACCAUCGAGCUAAAGGUUUGGGCAUGGAGAACAUUGGUGGCAUCUUUGUUGUGCUCAUCUGUGGCCUCAUCAUUGCUGUCUUUGUGGCGGUCAUGGAGUUCAUAUGGUCCACGCGGAGGUCGGCAGAGUCUGAAGAGGUGAGGAGGCGCCGCCACUUUGCAGAGAGUGGAGGCAGGACAGCUGCAGUACCGGGGGCGGGGCUGCGGGCCGUCUGUCAGGGCAGCGGCGCCGCUGAUUGGCCCGCUCCGGCCCCCCCGCGGGCGCGGGCAUAUGAAGAGGCGGAGGCGGCGGCCGCCGCAGCCUCUGUGCGGAGGGACGGACGGACGGACCGACCGAGGCGCGGGCGCUGCAGAGGCCCCGAGCCAGAGCCCGCGCCUGAGCCGCCCUGA